AUGGUCCUGGGGCUGUUUCUGCAAAACUGGGACCUGGCCUACCCGUCAGAGCUGGCGUUCAUCUUGGAGCCGAGCGACGUGAUUGCCGUCCGGGACCGGCCGCUGCUCCUCCACUGCCAGGUGGAGGGCGAGGCGCCCAUCAGCAUCACCUGGUACCGCAAUGGGGUGGCCCUGGCCCACGACAGCCGCAGUGCCCUCUUGGCCAACGGCUCGCUGCGCCUGGAGAGCAUCCACCGGAGACCCCGGGGAGGCUCCCCCGGUGAAGAGGCCGCCAAUUCCAGUGCCGGGGAAUACAGCUGCACCGCCCAGAACUGUUACGGCCUGCUGGUCAGCCGCAAGGCUCGGAUCCAGAUUGCCACUUUAUCCAAGUUCCACAUGCACCCCGAGUCCAUGUCGGUGGAAGAGGGCGGCGUGGCUCGCUUCCAGUGCCUCAUCCAGGGUGUCCCAGAAGCCACCAUCACGUGGGAACACAACCGGACGGAGCUGUCAACCGAGGACUAUCGAUUUACACUCCUCCCCACCGGCAUCUUGCAGAUCACCGGUGUGAGACGACACGACGUUGGCAGCUAUCGCUGCGUGGCGAGAAACAUCGCCAACACUCGCUACAGCCAGGAGGCUACCCUGAGCAUCAGCGGUGAGCACCGGGUGGUCUUCAAAGAGCCGGUCAUCUUGUCAGGACCCCAGAACCUGACCAUUACGGUCCACCAGACAGCUAUCCUGGAGUGUAUCGCUACGGGAAAUCCUCGUCCUAUCGUGUCUUGGAGUCGUCUGGACGGACGGUCCAUCGGCGUGGAAGGGAUUCAAGUGCUCGGAACCGGCAACCUUAUGAUCUCGGAUGUGUCAGUGAAGCACGCCGGGGUUUAUGUUUGUGCCGCCAACCGGCCUGGCACCCGUGUGCGUCGCACUGCACAAGGUAUCCUGAUGGUGCAAGCACCUCCGGAGUUUGUGCAGUGGCCUCAGUCCCUCUCCAAAACGCCCGGCACCAGCGCCAUCUUCACCUGCGUGGCGCAAGGGGUGCCAGAGCCUCACCUGAUCUGGCUGAAGAACGGGAAAGUCCUGGCCCCCGGCGACAACAUCAAGCUGACCCACAACAACAGCACCCUGAUGAUCCAGGGCAUCACCUCCUCCGACGAGGCCAUCUACCAGUGCAUCGCGGAGAACAGCGCGGGCACCAACCAAGCCAGCGCCCGGCUGGCUGUGGGCCUGUCCAAGGAGCUGCCCAGCUCCCCCAAAGGGGUGCAAGCCACGGCCCUCUCCACCACCUCCCUCCGGGUCUCCUGGCAGGAGCCGUCCCGGGAAGUCACCGAGUCCAUCAUCGGCUACGUUCUGCACAUCUGCAAGGCGGGAGAGUCCGACAGCCGAGAGCUGCAGGAGGCGGUCAGCAAGAACACGUUCCACCACGUCUUCACCAACCUUGAACCCUCGACUACGUACUCCAUCUUCCUGAAGGCUUAUUCCCCGCUGGGGGCCAGCCAAGACUCCCAGCCCGUCCUGGCCACCACGCUGGGCAGCAUCCCAGCUGCCUUGAGCUUCUACACCAAGAUCCUGAACAUCAGCACCGUCCAGGUGUUUUGGGAGCUGCCCUCCACGCCCGGCAGGAUCGAAGGAUUCAAACUGUAUCUCCGGAAGCUGCCCGGCGCCCACUCCGAGGGUCCUCAGAUCUUGCCUGGCACGGUCAACUCCUUCAUCUAUAGCAAUCUGGAACCGGUGGCCAGCUACGAGAUCCAACUCCAGGCCUUCAAUGGCAAUGGGGACGGGAACAGCAGCCGGAGAUUCGUCUCCCUCCGGGACGACCUGGAAAAGCUGGAUGCCAACUCGGUUUGCCAGUGCAGACCAGAAGGGGACACCUCCCUGGCCGGCAUCGUAGUGGGCGUUCACAUCGGCAUGGCGUGCAUUAUUUUUUGUGUCCUCUUCCUGAUGUUUGGCUACCGCAAGAGCCUUUUCUGCAAGAAAGGAGUUCAGGAAAAUUGGGCUGUCCCCCAAGGAGCCGAAUUGGUGCCCACCAGCUCUCAGGAUCCUCAUCUUCACCCCUGCAAGCCGGACAGCAGAGCCAAACCUCCAGGAAUGGUGGAGCUGGCGGCUCGGAACAGCUCCCCCCGUGAAGGACACACCAUCGGAGAUGGUCCUCGUUUUGAAGUCAACGUUGAGUGCUGUCCUUUGUCCCAGCCCAGCGGUUAG